UUCUGAGUCACACUCUGCAGUCACUGUCUCUUGCAUUCCAAACCCCACUUCUCACUUUUCAUACCAUCUCCACCCUUCACUGCUUACUACUUAUCAGAUCCAUUUUCAGGGUUUACUUUCUUUCUUCUCUCUCAUAUUUACUCUUUUUCCUAUUAAAUGCUUUAGCUUUUCUAUUUUAAUUUUGUUCCUUUAUUAUUCCAUUUUUGCAUGUUUCCUUUUUUAAGCAGCUCAUUUUAGCUUUGUUUGGAAUUUUUUUUUUUGCUUUUGUUGGUAUAUUAUGUUUGGUGUUAUUUCACCUUUUGGGUUUUUGUUAAUUUUUUAUUUGGUUAUUUGGGUUUCUUUCAAUUUUAAUUUAUAAAGGUAUGUUUGUUUGCUUUUCUGCUUUUCUAUUAUUGCUUCUUCUAUUACAAUUUCCACAAUAUGGGAUUUUGAAGCUUUUGUUAUAAGCUUCUACAACCCCGAUCAGAAACAACCUCUUUUCAUCACUUACAAGGGUAAGGUUAUGUACCUCCGACCAUCGAACCCUGCCAGGGUGGGAGCUACCAUGGAGUGUUCUUAAAAGCUAUGGCAGUAAUAGAUUAAUAGUGUUUAUUUUCACAGUUUAUUUAGCAAGGUGAGGCACAGUGAAUUGGCAAGUGUUGUUUUUUAAACUAGUUUUGUGAGGAUUCAAGGAUUUGAUCUUGAUGUUAAUUGGGUUUUGAGGAUUAGAGUGGUGAAUUCUUGGAGUUGAAAAUGGAAGAAAUACAAUCUCAAUCAUAUAAUUAUAGGUCUUCAUCUUCGUCUGCAAGUAGUCCGGCUACCAGUAGGGUGCCCUCAAGUAAUUUCUUCUAUUUGAGGAAACCAGGUUCAAUUAGACAACCCAUUUCGUUUGAAGAUUCUCCGGACUGGGGGGAUGAUACGGAUAUUGAUGUUAGGGUUGAUGAUGGAGUUGAAUCUAUUCACGCAGCCACCACAGUUUGUUCCCCUACUUUGUCGAAACUCAAUAGUGGGUCUUUACCUUCACCGGCUAUUGCUGAAGGUGGUGGUAUUGGUAGAAAGAUUGCGGGUGCUUCCAUUGUUUGGAAGGAUCUAACUGUUACGAUAAAGAAUAAAAGAAAGUACUCGGAUAAAGUUAUAAAGAGCUCUACUGGCUAUGCAUUGCCGGGAACUAUGACGGUUAUAAUGGGUCCUGCCAAGUCAGGGAAGUCUACCCUUCUGAGGGCUCUUGCAGGAAGACUGCCUCAUUCAGCUAGAAUGUAUGGUGAUGUAUUUGUCAAUGGGACGAAGCACGACUUACCGUAUGGAUCCUAUGGAUAUGUAGAAAGAGAAACUGCUCUGAUUGGAUCCUUAACUGUAAGGGAGUUCCUUUAUUUUUCGGCGUUGCUUCAGCGUCCGGGUUUCCUUUGUCAGAAAAAAAAUGUUGUUGAAGAUGCAAUAAAUUCCAUGUCUUUGGGCGAUUAUGCAAACAAACUCAUUGGUGGCCACUGCUAUAUGAAAGGACUUCGUAGUGGUGAGCGCAGGCGUAUUAGCAUUGCCAGGGAGCUUGUGAUGAGACCGCAUAUCCUAUUUAUAGAUGAGCCACUCUAUCAUCUAGACAGUGUGUCUGCACUUCUUAUGAUGGUCACGUUGAAGAAGCUUGCAGGCACUGGGUGUACCCUUAUAUUCACAAUAUAUCAGAGCAGCACAGAAGUCUUUGGUUUGUUUGAUCGAAUUUGUUUACUCUCAAAUGGGAACACGCUAUUUUUUGGAGAAACACUGUCUUGUUUGCAGCACUUCUCAAACGCUGGAUUCCCAUGCCCGAUAAUGCAAAGUCCUUCAGAUCAUUUCUUGCGGGCAAUCAAUACAGACUUCGACAGGAUUAUUGCAAUGUGUAAAAACUUGCAGGAUGACCAUGGUGACUUGUCAUCAGUGAACAUGGAUACUGCUGUUGCCAUUCGCACUCUUGAAGCAACAUACAAGUCAUCCGCAGAUGCUGCUGCUGUUGAGGCAAUGAUUAUAAAGCUCACUGAAAAGGAAGGUCCUUUUCUCAAAAGCAAAGGAAAGGCCGGCAAGGCUACCAGGAUUGCAGUUUUGACGUGGAGGUCACUAUUAAUUAUGUCCAGAGAGUGGAAAUAUUUCUGGCUUCGCUUGAUUCUCAAUAUGCUUCUGGCACUCUGCGUUGGCACUGUAUUUUCUGGCUUGGGGCAUUCUCUAUCUUCAGUUGAGGCUCGAGUUGCAGCUAUAUUUGUCUUCAUCUCGUUUACAUCUCUUCUAAGUAUUGCAGGAAUGCGAGCACAUAUGAAAGAAAUAAAGAUGUAUGCCUGUGAAGAAGCAAAUAGUCAUUCGGGAGCAUUUGUUUUCCUUAUUGGACAACUUCUAUCUAGCAUUCCGUUCCUGUUCCUGAUUUCCAUAUCAUCAAGUCUUGCGUUCUAUUUCUUGAUUGGUUUACGAGAUGAAUUCAGCUUGUUGAUGUACUUCACGUUAAAUUUCUUUACAUGCCUUCUUGUCAAUGAAGGAUUACUGCUAACUGUUGCAGCCUUUCAACUAGAUGUUUUCUGGAGCAUUCUGACGCUUAUAAUUGUACACAUGUUGAUGAUGCUCUCAGCUGGUUACUUCAGGAUUCGCAGUGAUUUGCCUGGACCGGUAUGGAUGACCCCUUUGUCCUACAUUGCUUUCCACACUUACUCGAUUCAGGGACUUUUGGAGAAUGAAUAUGUGGGCACUAAUUUUGCUGUGGGUGAAGUACGGGCCAUAUCAGGAUAUCAGGCCGUUAGCAGUGCUUAUGAUAUCUCCUCCAACGAAAACGUUAAAUGGAAUAAUUUGUUGGUGCUCUUUCUUAUGGCAGUUGGUUACCGUUUGUUGGUAUUUGUCUUUCUAAGUAUUCGCUUAGGAACUGGCUUAAUUAGGAGCAAAAUUUGCCGUUGUAAUCUUGAUACAGAGAGAAAUGAAUGAAUGAACGGGGUAUUUAUUUUUUUUCAUCUAGUCGUAGAUGGUGGAUCGCUCGAA